AUGUCGACAGCUGCGCUUCAAUCGUCGGCUUUCGUCUGCCGCUCUUGCAGCCGGCACCUUCGUCCAUGCUUGCCUUCCUCGGCCACCCGUGCCUUUAGCACCACAUCCUCAACAGAUGGACCAUCGUCAUCCAGCCCGUACAGUCCCUACUACGUCGACAUUCCUUUCCCACCCCAAAGAUACGCCCCUUGGAAACCCCGGGCGAAGGGUACUCGUCCUGAGCCAAGGAAGGUGUUUCGCAAUGAGAAAGACAACAAGAAGAUAUCCUUAAACUACCUCGCUCUCGUCUCGAAAGAGCCCACCGUGUUCUCCAACCCCGGCGAGACUGCUCCGGCAAAGGAAAAGGCUUAUAUCAACUGGAAACAAAAGAUGGCUGAUUCCCGCCGUCGUAAUAUCCGUGAUGGUCUUCUUCAACUCCAUUCAGAGAAAACUCGUCGAGAUGAACAAAUUGCACAACGGUCUACGCAAAAACAGGCUCUUCGUGCUAAACUUCUCGCCGAGGAAGACAGCGAGGCAGUAAAGCUUACUACACCGACUAUCAUAUCUGCACUGCAGAAAAGGCAUACUUUAACAGACCCAGGUCGUGAAGAACGCCUUGCCGAAAAGCGUGAACGGUACAUGAAGCUUGAAGCAGAAAAGCGAGUUGGGCGACUUGAGGAACUCCACGAGCUGUAUAUUCGUGCCCACGAAUUUAUCUUCACUGAAGCACAGCUUGAUGAACUUAUCAACAAAGAAUUCUCGCUCAUCAGUCAGGCCGAGAUGGUUCACAUGCAGCCUCCAGACUCCAACCAGGUUGUUGCCAGGCAAGCUAAGACAGAUACGGAGGGCCAAGGCUUCUUCCUGAAGGACGAAUUGGUUUUCAAUGCCUUCACCGAUGCAUUGACCGGUGGUUCCAAGAGAGGUGAUCUCAGCAAGAAAACUGCGGAAGAAGUACUAUCAGAAUAUGCGCCAAAUAUGGCAUAUACCGGCUUUGGAUACGGAGAGAAAAAGCCAACUCAGCCGACAACAAAGUCAACUUCCGACCUCUUCAAUAUCUUAUAA